UACCUGUAGUAUCUUCUUACCUCUGUCUUUGAGAAGAAAACAACAAAAGAAAUAGCCACAGAAUAACACACAACCACAAGAAAGAGAGAAAGAAAGCAACCAGUCCAAGAAAAACCCAAAAACCCAACAAAGAAAAAAGAAGAAGAGAGAAGCUUUAUCCUUUGUUCUUGUUCAUCAAAAACAAUGGCUAGCUUUUUCUAUUCCUCAUCAUCAACCAUACUUGGGAUCUGUGCUGUGGUCAUGAUCUUGAUCCUCAGCUCAUCAUCAUCAUCAUCAACCGUCCAUGCAGGUGAUGGGUCCCACUUGGGUUGGAUACCCACAGCAACAACAAGAUCAGCUUGCAAGGGCACCAUAGCUGAGUGCAUGAAUGCUGGUGGGUUAGGUGAGGAAGAGUUUGACCUGGACUCUGAGAUCAGCCGGCGCAUUCUAGCCACCAGCGGCUACAUCAGCUACGGUGCGCUUCAGAGGAACACUGUGCCUUGCUCUAAGCGUGGGUCCUCCUACUACAACUGCCAAGCUGGCGCUCAGUCCAACCCUUACAGCCGUGGCUGCAGCGCCAUUACAAGGUGCAGGGGUUAAUUUGUUUAAUUUGUUUUUUUGGUUUUAUAUUUUUAUUUUUGUUUUUAAGAUGGGGUUUGAUUAAUUGUUAUACAUGAAGAAAACGAAAGAGAUUGGGAUUGGUAGUGAUGGAUCAUUAUUAUUGUUGUUGUUGCUAUUGACAUAUGUUGUUAUUGUUGAUGGAAAUAUUGUUGUUAUAAUUAUAUUUGGAAUAUGUCUCUGUACAAGUCUUUCUCAUAA